CAUAUCUCUCUAAUGCUAGUGGCUCUCUUUCUCACACAUUUUUCCUCCUUUUUCCUUUCUUUUCCACUCUCUAUCUAGCGUAGCUAAUGCUAGUGGUUCUCUUCCCACCCAUCAUUUUCUUUCCUUUCUCCUAGCUAGAAGGCUUUGUGCCAAAAGCUUUCUUUGAGGGUUCUUUCAUGUUAACAGCUAAACAAGAGUAAAAAUUGUUUUGUUUUAGUAGCAUGUGAGGGAGAUGGACAGAGAAACUAACAACCAAGAAAACCCAUCACUCCUUCCCAAUACUACUAUCAAAGAAGAAUCUCCGAGGAAACUUCAUGGCAACUCCGGCGGCAGCGACAGGCUAAAGCGGGAUGAGUGGAGUGAAGGGGCGGUUUCAAGCUUGCUUGAGGCCUACGAAAACAAAUGGGUACUCCGGAACAGAGCCAAGCUCAAGGGCCAUGACUGGGAGGAUGUGGCACGGCACGUGUCGGCGCGUGCCAAUUGUACCAAGUCUCCCAAGACUCAAACGCAAUGUAAGAACAAGAUCGAAUCCAUGAAGAAAAGGUACCGUUCGGAGUCAGCCACCGCAGAUGGAUCAUCUUGGCCUUUGUACCCACGGCUUGAUCUUUUACUACGCGGCAGUGCUCCGCCGCCGCCGCCACCACCACCACCACCACCACCACUACAGGCACAGCCACCUCAAGCAGUACCGAUUCUGCCUUCUAUUAAUAAUCAACCCCCUUUGAUAUUACUAGAGCAAUCACCGACGGUGCAGCCCCCACCACCACCUGCGGCGGCUCCACAGCCUCCUGGGACAGCACCAAAUUCACAUGGGUCUAACGGUAUUGAUAGAGAACUAGGCAAGGAUGAUGGAUUUGGAACAAAAUUAUCCGACCAUUUAUCGGACAAGAUUGCCAUGGACACGGAUAGUAGUACACCUGCCCUUUACAGUGACAAGGACAAGCUGAGGUUGAAGAAGUUGAAGAUGAAACACAAGCGCCGGAGAAAGGAAGAAUGGGAGAUAGCGGAGAGCAUUCGGUGGCUAGCAGAGGCGGUUUUGAAAUCGGAGCAAGCAAGAAUGGAGAGCAUGAGGGAAAUAGAGAGAAUGAGAGCGGAAGCAGAAGCCAAGAGAGGGGAAAUGGAGUUGAAGAGAACUGAGAUCAUUGCCAAUACCCAACUUGAAAUUGCUAGACUCUUUGCAGGGGUUAGUAAAGGCAUUGAUUCUUCCUUAAGGAUUGGGAGAAAUUGACUUUGAGGGAUUAUGUAGUAACUGCAAAUUUAGUUAAUAAAUUAUAUACUCCUAUUUGUGUAUGUGUAGCUAGAUUAUUAUAACUUACAUAUUUUGUCUCUUGACAUUAAUUUUUAAAGGAGGCAAAUGAAUUAAGAGAAACUUA